AACAUGAGGGCUAUCCACCGUAACAACACAUGUAUCCUGUCCUUUUUCGUAUUUUUCUUGUGUUCUACGUCUACCCGAGCGGACGGGAAAAUGGCCAACAAUUCUACCUAUCCCUCUGCCUCGUUAAAAUCACAACUCGGUGGGAGAUGUCGCCGAAAUCACCAUAGCACUAGUCAGAAAAACCAGCAGGAGCCGCUUCACACGCUGCUAACAGAAGCACAGAAGGCCGACCAGAACUUGCAAUAUAUGUUAAGUUUGUUUAAGAGUGCCGCAGACCCGGAUGGGAGGCCUAAACAGCAUCGGAUGUUCGGGUCGAACACAGCGCGUCUGUUGCGACCCAACACCACCCAGGUGUGGUCUCUGACAUCGUCUUCAGUCCUGCGCUACACCUACACAGUGGAGUAUGACCUCCAGUCCCUCUCCCUGGAACAGCUAGUGAGAGCCUCCUUUGUCCACCUCCGUCCCUCUAAUACAUCCAGGACGCCCCACCCCUCCCCUCUCCGUUGCAGGGCCAGAGUCACCUCUCUGGGGCAUGAUAGCUGGACAAGCCCCCAUGGAGGUCUGGGGUGCCUAGUCACCCUGGAGCCGCAUCAGCAGUGGACAGAAACUGACAUCACAGAGCACCUCACCGCACAGCUGGUAACGCUGACCCAGGGAAGGCCAAAGCAGGGCAGUUGCCUGACCCUCGUGGCCCAGUAUUGGUGCUUGAAUCCUGGGCAUUGGAGGAGCGAGGCCUUGGGAAGCCUGUGGAGGAUCCGAGGGGGACACAGGAGGGGAAGGAGAGCGGCCUCCGCAAAUCACCUCAACACCCCCGCUCUCCUCCUCUUCCUCAAUGAAGAGGAAGAAACCAGAGAGUGGAGGGCAGCGACCCGAACUGGGUGGUCCAGUUUGGAGGGUCUGACUCCAGAGCCUCACCACCUCUCCGCCCCCCGACUCCGUCGCUCCAACGGCCCUAAUCCCCCCGGUAGCAUCGCCUCCGACAUCUCCAACUACCGAAAACACAAGAAACCCUCGCCCAAGAACCAGUGCAAACUCCACUCCUACCGGGUCACCUUUGCCGCGUUAGGCCUGGUUAAAUACCUCGCCCCACACCAGUACAACCCUGGCUACUGUAAAGGAGACUGUCCCAGAAUCCUCCACUACGGCCUCAACCCCUCCAGCCAUGCCAUAAUGCAGAACCUGAUUAAAGGGAAGGGGAUGGACGAGGUGCCAUCGCUGUCCUGCGUGCCGUAUAAGUACAAGCCCAUCAGCGUACUGAUGCUGCUGGAUGACAACAAGACAGUGGAUUAUAAGGAGAUCCCUGACAUGAUAGCUGAGUCCUGCACCUGUCGGUAG